AUGAUCUUCUUCGGGGCGCUGGAGGAUUGUUCAGAUCCCUUGAUCGAGCUUCCCAUCGUUUGUUCUCUUCCGUCAACGGCCCAGAGCCUGAUAGAUCCCUUCCGCCUUCAGCUAUCUUCUUCCCAAUUUCUUACUCCACUCCAGAAUCCGAUCGCCCUUUCUUCGCCUGGUAAAUCAUCCUCAACUACCGUAGCUAAAAAAGUUAGGAAUACCGUAUAUGUGUAUGUUUUCAGCGCCAUGUUGUUGUUGUUCCAGUAAUAUUUAUGACAAAACCUUUCUGUUGAUUGGUGGGGACAGUUAUCAUGAGGAUUGCGCCAAAUGUGCAGCUUGCCAAGAGUCUUUGAUGAACGAGGCAACUUGUUUCUUCAAGGACAAUCAUCUAUGGUGUCGAAGAGAUUACUUAGCGUAAGUCAUCGUUUAAUUACAGCACUUCGAGAAUAAGUCGUAAUGAAAAUAGUAAAGACAUGAUUUUGCAGAAAGUAUGGACUUCGUUGCAACCGUUGUUUGAGCUUCAUAAACAACGGAGAAUACUUUAUAAACGUUCGAAAUACGGCAUAUCACGCUGAAUGUUUUGUUUGUUUUGUGUGUAAUCGACCAUUCCGAGUUGGAGACAGAUAUGUUCUGGUCGGAAAUGGAAUUGCAUAUUGUGAAUGUGAGUUAACCAUCUUGCUCGAUUCACAAUCGGUUUUAUUUAGCCCAUUCAAGUGCAUUCGGUCCCCCUGAACCAAUUUAUCUUGAUAAAUUAAUACCCCAAAGUGAUCCCGCGGAGACGGAAGCCGGGAAAACUAGCCCAAUCAGGUCUUAUCAACGGCUAAAAGCCAAUCGGAGAUCUCAAAACGAAUCCACGUUGACUUAUAUGGAAGGGACAGGUGACGACCAUUCAGGUGAGACCCCAGGGACUUUACAGUAGGCCCCUACUAAUUGGGUGGCUUUGUUUUGGGCGCAAAAAGGAAGUGGCACUGGGGAAAAUAAUUAGCACAAUCAAAGAAUGCUUUCUUUUAGAGGAAAAAGAUACCGCUCUCUCCGGAACUCGCAAAACCAAACGGAUGCGGACUAGUUUUAAACAUCAUCAACUCAAGACCAUGAAGACAUAUUUCAAUCUCAAUCAGAAUCCAGAUGCCAAAGAUCUGAAACAGUUGGCUCAGAAAACGGGGCUUACCAAAAGAGUUCUACAGGUUUGUCUACACUUUCUACAAAACUGUUCUUUUUUUCAGGUCUGGUUUCAAAAUGCACGAGCAAAGCAUCGACGAAGUCAGCAAGGGAAGGAUAGGAUGUCAAAUGAUUUCGCUACCACCUUUCAGGACAACUUCUCAAACUCGAUCAGAGAUUCGGCCAGUCCAGGAAGUAGUACGCCAAUGGAUAAUCGAUCUCUUGGAUCAGUUAGCCCUGAAGCACAAAGCGACGACUCGUGUACAAGGAUGAUUAAGUCCGAGUAUCUGUAA